GACAGCAGCUCUCCUUCUGAUUGGACCGUAGCCUGUCGGUGCACAGCGCUUCCUGGUUCUCUGCAAAUGGACAAUUGAAGUUGUUUUUGAACCUGCGCUGCGGUGGGAAACUGGUCCUCUUUUGACUCGGGACUAAAAUGUCACCCAGAAGCGGCUCUAACCUUCUUCUGUUCAUCGUUUUGUGUCUCUUUGUGACCGCUUAUUGUAAGUUUCCCACUCUGGACCACAUCAAACCGAAAGCUAGUAAUAAGGUUCAGGGGAGAGCUGUGGUGGAGCUGCUGAAGCGUCUCCUCGGGACCAGGUCCACGGAGUUUAUAGUGUCAGUCAACAAGAGCCUUUCCAAUGACAGCCUGGAUGUGUGUGAGCUGAGGUCCACGAAGAAUAACAAGAUAGUCGCCACGGGCAGUUCUGGAGUGGCCGUGGCUUCUGGGAUUUACAACUACAUGAAAUACUUCUGUAACUGCCAUGUUUCGUGGUCCGGGAACCAGAUGGACCUUCCCCGUCCGCUGCCAAAGCUCACCGGAGUUCUGCGCAUCAAUACCCAGCACAGGUCAGUCUUAUAGCGGACUCACUCGGAGGUUUACCUGAAUAGAUAAAAAUACACAUGAAUGCGAAGAAGUGACUGUUCUUUAGGGAGAGAGAAGGUGAGGGAGGGCUGGGGUGGAGAGUGGGGGAGUAGUAGGGAUACAACUCAACUUACCCCUAUGGUCAACUUAACCCAUACAUGGGGUAACCAUAGGAGACCACUUUUUUUGGCAUGCUAUAUUAUCAAGAAAGUUAUGUUUACACUCAUAUUGUUGGUUUGCAGGGAUGCACAACAUCUUAAAAUAUAUGCAGAUACACUAGUUAGAGACAAAACUAUGAUUUCCUUGAUGUAGUGAUCCAAAAUAUGAAAAAUGGCUCAUCUUACCCCACUCUCCCCUACUGGGAAACAUGGGGUAGUUGAAAACAGAAUACAUUGAUUUGCAUAUCAUUUUCCACCUGUAUACAAUUAAGUAGACUACAAAGAUAUUAAAUGUUGAAACCGAUUCAAGUUUAAACAUCAGUUUGAACUUGAUUGUUUUUAGUAAAUAUUCACGCAUUUUGAUUUAAAUGCUGUGACACAUUCUUAAAAAGUUGGUUCAGGGUCACUAAAAGUCUGGGAAAACUGAGGAUUGCUCCAAAAACACCUGUUUGGGUCAUUCACAGGUGAACAGGUUCAGUGGAAACAGGUGAGGGUCAUGACUGGGUAUAGAAGGAGCAUACCUGAAAGACUCAGUCCUUCACAAGCAAGGAUAGGGACUGGGUUCACCACUUUGUCAAACAACUGCAUGAGCAAACAGUCCAACAGUUUAAGUACAACGUUUCUCAAGGUACAACUGCAGAAAUUUAGAGAUUUGAUCACCUACAGUCCAUAAAAUCAUCAAAAGAUUAAGAGAAUCACAGAAAUCUCUGCAUGUAAGCAGCACGGCCCGAUACCAACAUUAUUUGACUGUGACAUUUAACCCCCAGGCCCACAUCAUUCUGUAAGGGAUUUUACCACAUAAGCUCAGGAGGACUUCAGAAAACCAUUGUCAGUUAACACAAGUUUAAACUCUACCAUGCAAAGACAAAGUCAGAUAUCAACAACAGCCAGAAACACUACAGGCUUCUCUGGACCUGAGCUCAUUUGAGAUGGACUGUGUGAGUGUCACAUCUAUAAAGACUCCAUUAAUGCUGAAAGAUACAGGUUUAGGAGCAACAACUGCUACCAUCAGAGCAAGAUAACAUGGAGACACAUUCUGCACGAGUUACAACAGCGUGGCUUCAGAGUCAAAGAGUCCAGGUAGACUAGACUGGAGCCUGCGGUCCAGACCUGUCCCCCAUUGAACAUAUGUGCAGAAUUAUGAAGCUCAAAAUACUUCAAUAUAGACCCCAGAUAGUCGAGCAUCUGAAAUGGUCCAUCACAGUCACAGUCAAGCAAGACUGUGGAAGAAUUCACCUCCACAGAUUCAACAGUUAGUGUCCUCAGUUCACAGAGGCUUACUGAAUGUUGUUAAAGGAAAGGUGAUGUAACAAGAAGAAACAUGACCCUGAAACAGCUUUUUAGGAACAUGUUGCAGCAUCAAAUUAAAAAUAAGUGAAUAUUUACAACAACAAAAAAAAAACAAUCAAGUUUAUUAGUUUGAACAUUAAAUAUCUUUUGUAAUGUGUUUAGAAUUUAAGUGGGAAAUGGUUUGUAAAUCAUCGUUUUCUGUUCUUUAUUCAUGUUUUACACAAAUGUCCAAACUUUCUUGACACUGGAAUUUAUACACUGCAGAUAAUUGCAUUAUUGUUGAUGGUUUUGUUUUUGUUUCUGUUUUACUUUUUAUUGUAUUUGACGAGACUGGUUUUUGGCACUGAUGUAAUUGGCAUCAUAUCGGCAUCGGUCUUCACAAGAACGACAUCACUGUUGCUUUUUGCCAAUUGAGAAUGCAUCUUAACAGCAGAUCAGCAUUAAGAGCAUAUUAAAUCUAAAUUACUCACUGGCUUGUGUAUUAAUCCGAAUUCUAUUUUUAUAAGUUGAAUAAAAAUUUCACAUCGCUGGACUGAAAUCCAAAAGUUUCUUGUUGCAACAUGAUGCAUGCACACUGAUGCAUCUGACUACGUAGAUCAUUGUGACUGCAUGAAGUAAAAUCCACAAAAAAGGUGCAAAUUUUUGAGAUCUCCUACUCAAGUCUUAGCUGCACAUGCAAGAAGAGCUUAGUGAUUAAUAAUGCACCGCUGCCUCACUGAAUAACAGCUGUAAGGGAUUCAAAACAUGGUUUGCAACAGAAGACAAACAUGGGUCCAUACAUGAAGUUUAAAAACUCCUGUGGAUAUCAUGAGGAUGUUUGUGCACCGACUCAAAGUCCAACAGACCUGACUGUUUGUACAGCAUCAACUUAAAAAAACAAAAAACAGUUGAUGAAACAAAUGACCUCAGAUAUCUGUUUGAUUUGGCAAAGGUGAGCCUACUCCACCCUUUGGCAAAAGUCUCAACUCAGCAUGAAGAGGGUGGCGAUGGUCUUCAGGAUGGCCUCUGAUAAAUCGAGAUCAAUAAUCUUUGUUCGAAUUUUUAAACAAGAGUGUCAGAUCUGCUCACAGUUACUAUAUUUCUAUGAAUGACACCAGCUGUGAGUACAUUCAAACCUUGCCUAGUUUGAACGUCGCUUUAACUAGUUAUCAACUGAUGUCAGUUUUUCAAUGGCCAAUAUCAUUAAUGAGAGAGGAUGGCCAAUGGCUGACAAUUGAUGCUGAUAUCAUGUUGUGUUUUUGUGGGUUUUAAUAUAAUGAUACUACAUGAAAGGCAAGAGCUUGAGUGAGCAUUAUAAUAGGAUUUAUACUGAACACUAGAUUUGACACACUGUCAAAUGCUUCCUUCAUUUGGAGAGACAAUGGUGAUAUUGGCCUUGUAAGGGCUGAUGAUAAUAUAAUGCCAAUUAUGUCAAAAUGCCAAUAAUAAGCCAGAUCAAUCGGUCUAGCUCUAGCUUAAACUUCAGCAUGUCAAAACUUUAAAUCUUACACCUUGCUCUGAGUGACCAACAUGGCAUGACAUGGAAGUGGACAAAUCAUAGAGAGUUAUACCUGAUAGUUUAAAAUGUAUUAAGUUUUUUCUUACAUAGACAAUAGAAAUACUGCAUCUGUUGUCUGUUUCAAACACUUUAAAGCACCUCUAAGCCUCCAGCAUGUGUCAGUUUUCAUAAAGUGCACAUAAUUGAUAUUCAUAUCUGCCAAUAACUGACUUUUUAAAGGUCUUGUAAAGAACUCUGUCAGCUUUGGCGCCCUUCACAAAGUCAAAUAUGUCAUUUAGUUGUGCAAAUGUCAUAUCUCUUUAUACAAUGCACUGACACUUACUCCAUUCCACUUAUUUUAUUAAAAAGUUUGCCUUAUCGCUGCUGGUCUGGUUAACUUGUACGUCACAGAAAAGCAUCAGAAUGAAUUUUUGUCUAUUUUGUCAAGGUCCAAAAACUCCUCUGAGAAGCUUUAAGCGAUUAUUUGCUGAUGCUGAUAUCAUGCAUCCCCUGUCAAUAGUUAAGAAUCAAGCCUUCCUGCUGUGUUCGUUCUCAAUCUUUCUGUUGCAAAUUUGAUGUAAAUGCUCAGCCGAAUCAACUGACUGUGCAAAUUUAUGUACAUCAACAACAACAACUCUGGAGAUGUCCUUUUUCCCACCGAAUCUGUUUCACUCUGCUGUACACUGGAUGCGUGCCAGCUCCUCUCACUGGCAGCUACAGAGCUUCAGCAGAUAGACUCUAUCUGUCCUGAGUGACUGUGAGAGCUGGCGAGUUACUGAGAUGAUUUGUGUAUUUUCUCUGCAACCAGGACUAUUAGUUUCCAUGUCAUCCAGCGAACGAGAAGCAUCAUAAUAAAGUGACUGUACAACCAUACUGUACAAGAAAGAAGGCAUGGCAUGUCUAUGUGUUUGUGUUCUAUGAUGGCAGUGUUUUGUGGGCUUGUAACCUCAACCCCCCCUUCCCCACUGCAACACAACACAGCCAAACCCAUGGGUGCAUGAUAAUGGAGCGUUGUCACACAUUAUUUUUCAUUGUUUACUCUGAGCGCUAUGAACACUUGUAAAUGCGGCCUGGCCCUUUAAAGGACCUUUCUUUCAAUUAUCUGUUGUGCAUUAGACCCGCAUCGGCUCACUCCAGUUAUGUCAUGUGCACAGAAGCUGGAUUGAAAACGCCACGGCAAGCAUAGCACAGUUUAGUUUUCCCAUGACUAUGAUUCUUAGUGAGCGGGCCGAGGCUUCAGAGAUUUACAGGCUGAAGGUGACUCAGGUUGUGGUCCAGGAGUUUAGGGAUCAGUGGGGCCUGUUUGGAUUUUAAAUCAGUUUGUGUUUAAGUAAAGAAUGCUGAUUAAUGAGUAUUGUAAUAUUUGACCCAAAUCAAACUUCAUCUAGUUAAUUGAUAAACUGCAUCACUUAAAGCUUUUGUUUCAUGUCUGAUUAAUAUGAAGCAAUUAACUGAGUCCAAACACAGACAGACUUCACUACACUCCAUUUGAGGGUUUAUUUUUCCAUAAGGACAGGAGGACAUGUCCUGACAAGACUCUGUCGUUGAAAUCACUGCAUGUCUUAGAUCACAUCCAGAAACCAUUAUCUUUGAACACAGUUUGUUGCUGCAUCCAAAAAUGCAAAAGGGAACCAUUGAUAAACCACUGUCCAGAAAGUUGAGGAAGUGAAAGUGAUCUGAGGGGGAAGUGGGAAACUGUCAUGUGAUGCUGUUGUGGUGACAAGACAAUGACGAACCACAGCUUCCAGGGAUUUUUGUAAUCGAGGAGUCCUGCUGAUAAAAUGAUCGAGCUGCAGUCCUGAUGAAAUAUUUGGCACAUCGCUGAAUCAACAAAAAUGAGAAAGGAGAACCUGAACUUUUGAGCAGCUGAAAUCCUUUAUCAGGCCAGAAUGAAACUCCUGAAACUGGUCUUUCUUAAUGUUUUUAGGGCGUUGUCAAAAGAAGAGGAAAUGGUAAACAUGCCCCUGUCUUCAGUUUUUAUUUAAAGCUUCAGUGGGGAACUUUCUGAACAGUUUUGACUCCCCCUGUACUUGUACUUGUUAUCUAAGAAAAAAUAACAUAUCUUACUGUCUUUGGCAGCAAUGUGUCACUUGUUUUGAAUCCUUACUGUCCUUUUGAUCAUCUGGUCUGACACCCACCUCUACAUAUCAGUGUCAGUUUACUCUUGGAUUGCCUUGUCUGCUGUUUUAGGCCAUGAAGAGGCAUCACUGUUGGUAUCAAUCUGGGUCAUUAUCAGCCAAGAACUCCUCAUGGUGGCUUUAAAAUGAGUAUAUACUUUAAAUAAAACACUAAGAGUUAACAGUUUUAACAUCUGAUAUGUUGACUUUGUAAUAUUUUCAGAUAAACCAAGGCUUUAAAUGAUUCACAAACCCUUUGAUAAUGAUUUUUACACAGCGUUGCACCUAUUUAUUUUCUUUGCUGAAACAGUUGAUGCUGCAUGUGUUGCUGCUUUAGCUUGCUAUCAGUUGAUGCUGCAACCAAACCUCCAUUAACCUCCUCUGUUGUGAUAUUUCUCCACAUCAACUGCAGAAAGUCCCGAGAGUCCUUCAAGCUGUUUUCUUUGAGUGUGCUCUGCAGUGACACGUUUUUUAAAUCUCCAUAAACAUUGUCCCCCGCUGUAGAUGUCAUCCAAGAGUUUGUCUUAAAUGGCACUUCAAAAAUAAUGUGAAUAAAUCUGUCAUUGGCUUGUGUUACCAUGGUAACAGCUUCUUUUGGUUGUAUUGGUCGUUUUUCAGAUUUAGAUCCCAAAGGUAGCUCUUUCCUCACUUAAUAUCUCGGUGUCAGGCCAUGUCCCUUUAACAAUAUAUCUUAAAUUCUCACACUGUGUGCGCUUGUGUGUGUGUAUGUGUUGGUGAGUGAGGGUGGGUGUGUGUCUUUGUGUGUGUGUGUGUGUGGGUCGGAGGUUUGGGUUUUAUUGUUGUUAACUGUUGUUUUUAGCCUCUGUGAGGCACUUUGAACUGCAUUUUUUUGUCUAAAAAGUGCCAUAAAAAUAAAGUUGAAUUUAGAGUGAACUAUAUUUGUGUGUUUGUAUCCAGGUUCAGGUACUACCAGAACGUUUGCACAGUUAGCUACUCCUCCGUGUGGUGGGACUGGCCAAGAUGGGAGAGGGAGAUCGACUGGAUGGCCCUCAAUGGGAUCAAUCUUCCUCUGGCUUUUACUGGCCAAGAAGCCCUGUGGCAGGAGGUGAGACUACACCUGGACAUUUUCUGAUAAAGCUGCAGGGUGUUGAAUUAACACUCUCCCUUCACUUGUGAAAUCUGAAACACGCUGCAUACCUCAAUACUGCAUGUUCUUAACUCUAUCACUCUAUCUCUCUGGUUUUUAGGUUUACCGUGCUCUUGGGCUGAACCAGUCGGAGAUCGAGGAGUUCUUCUCUGGGCCAGCGUUCCUCGCCUGGAACCGUAUGGGCAACAUGUUUAAGUUUGGAGGGCCUCUGCCACAGUCCUGGCACAUAAACCAGCUCUACCUCCAAGUAAUGAAACUGUGCUUGUUGACACAGUUAAAGGCUUCUGUGAUAUCUUUGACUUUGGUAGAAUCAAACUCUGAAGGGAAGUAUAUAGCUGUAUGAAAAACUAUGUGUACCCCCAUAAAAACUGCAUAUUUUAUAUAUUAUAAAGUUCAUUUUUAUAUUUACAGUCUGGUAUUUUUCAAAAAAGACAAUAUUAUCAAGAAACCUUAAUGCAGAGUUACUUUUUAUUCAUAUAUUGAACAAAAGUAAUUAAAAAAAAACAUAAUUUCGGCCUUUGCAAAAGUUUGUUCACCCUGAGAGUUUCAAAGUGUCCCAUUCUUUUUACAAGCUAAGACCUUUACCAUCUCUGUAGGCCUGGGGUAUGUGUCAACAAUUGUUAUUAGGGAGCAGCAGCUGGUGCCAGAGUUUCUUAAAUUUUAUGACUCCAUAAACCUUGUGAACCAGUGAAAAUAAAGGUUAUUGAUGCCCACAAUGCAGGGGGAGGACUACAAAAAGACAGCAAAGCCUUAUCAGCUUGUAGUUUCCAACCUUACCUGUGCCCUCAUAAAAUACAACAUUAAAACUAUACAGCAGAACAUUGACACAAGCCCGAUGAGUUGAGAAACAAGUGCUUUGGAUUGAUGAAGUGAAAAUAAAACUUUUAGGUCACAAUAAGCAAAGUUGGGGAAAAAAAGGAGAAGCGUUUCAUGACAAAAACACCUCAUCAACUGUUGGUGGUAUGGUGGUGGAUCAGUCAUGCGCUGGGGUUGUGGUGCAGCCAUGUGGUCUUUUAAAGGCUGUGGUCUUAAACCUUUGAUCAGCUGAUGAACGGCCUAUUUCAGUUUAAUGAUGGUUUGCAAUAAAUUGCUUCCUCAAUUUUUUUCUCUCUCACUCCCAUUUCUUCUUUUUGCAUUUUGAAGCCCUACUUUGAACCUUCAUAAGAUCCAACAGUGAAAAAAGGUAAAUUCUUACAAUUUUUCAACUGGUCUUAAAAUUUUGAUCAGGAAUGCAAACUGCCUAAAGGUACUGACUGUGUAGGGUGCACAAAGUUUUGCAAAUACCAAAAUGGUGUUUUGUGUUUUUCUUCAAUUUAUGAAAUCAAAAGUAACUAUGUAUGAACGUUUCCUGAUAAUAUUUUCUCUUUUGAAAAAAUACCAGUGACUGUAAAUAUAAAUUUUCUGAUACAUGAAAUGCUUUUUUAAGGGGGUGCACAAACUUUUGUCUACAACUGUAUGAGCAGGAACAUCUCCAGUUGAGACUAAGAUGAGAACAGUGAGAUCGCUCGACUAAAACAUAGAGACCAGCUGCUUCAGUAACAUCCCAGAGGAGCUACGAAUCAAUCACCUACAAGUCAUCCUGAACUGAUGAUGUGAUUCCAGCUUGCAGAGUUCUCAUCAAGUGUUUAAGGGCAUAAAGGGACAAAGUUUUCAGAAAUAGGACAGUUUUCAGCAGCUUACUGAAACCACUUUAGUCAGCUGAGUUAUUUAAACCACUUUAGAUGGAAGGUGAUGUUUUUGAAUCGUGCCAUGAAUCAUUUUGCAACAUUUUCUGUCCUUUUGCAGUUUAAAAUCUUGGAGCGUAUGAGAUCCUUUGGGAUGAUUCCUGUGCUGCCGGCCUUCUCUGGAAACAUCCCUAAGGGAAUCCUCAGGUGAACACCUAUAAUUAUUCUACUUCAGUCAGUGCAGAGUAUGUCCCCUGUGCUCAGACUCACCGACAGGAAAACACUGAUGCUUUCAGUUCGAGUUAGACCAUUGUUUGGGGUUAAGAAUAUGAUAAAUAUUCUCCUGUUUUAUAUGAAAAGAUAAUAAGAUAAUGUUAUCAAAAGCUUUUUUAACCCAUCAGAAAUUUAAAAAGAAUCAUCUUUUUGUGCCUCCUCACAGCCUUUGGAGGGGCUCUUCUGUCGUGGAUUAUCAUGGAGUAUUGUCACACACUACUUUGUAAAAACAGCACACUCUGACCUGAAAACAUAUUAGCUCACUGAUUAUUUUCAGGUAACGGGUGUGUGAGGAUGUGGCUUGUGACAUUUUAGUGAACUAGGAUGCAAGGAAAGACUCGCUGAAGUGUUUCUUGUGUUUCAGGUUGUAUCCAGAAGCCAAUGUAACCAGACUUGGGCCUUGGGCCCACUUCAACUGCAGUUUCUCGUGCUCCUAUAUCCUAGACCCUCAGGACCCGCUUUUCCUCCAGAUAGGUUCACUCUAUCUAUCCCAGGUGGUGAAACAGUUUGGCACAGAUCACAUCUACAACACUGACACCUUCAAUGAGAUGACUCCACCUUCAUCUGACUUGGCUUACCUGUCUGCAGUCAGUCGCUCCGUCUUUGCCUCUAUGACGGCAGGUCAGUCACCCGGGUGUCUAACGUCCUGUUUUAAAUCCAACAGUUCCUGUGUGAAUGCUGUUAUUCUGGGCUACAAGUACAAUAAUUGCCCUAGUUAGAUUCCCCUUGGAUGACCUGUUGUCCAACUCUCUUACACAGACAGCCCCCCCCCCCUCUGCUCAUGCUCCCUGCUGCCCUUUAUUUCCAGAACCGUCACCUUCCUGUCCCUCAUCCAGAUCUCAUUUUUUCUCCCCAGUUGAUCCUCAGGCAAUUUGGCUGAUGCAAGGCUGGCUGUUCUUCAGUGAUGCAGUUUUUUGGAAGCCAGCCCGGAUCCAGGCCCUAUUACACGGGGUACCCCUGGGGAGAAUGAUCGUGCUGGACCUGUUUGCAGAGACCGAGCCAAUUUUCUCCUACACUGAGUCUUUCUAUGGGCAGCCCUUCAUCUGGUGCAUGUUGCAAAACUUUGGGGGCAACAGUGGGUUCUUUGGCACGGUGGAGAGCAUCAAUUCAGGGCCCUUCAAAGCCUUGCAUUUCCCGAACUCCACUCUAGUGGGCAUUGGGAUGACACCUGAGGGCAUCGAACAGAACCCUGUGAUGUACGAGUUGAUGAGUGAGCUGGCGUGGCGUAAGGAGCCGGUGAACUUGUCCAACUGGGUUUCGCUGUAUGCAGUACGUCGCUACGGCAGCUCACAAAAUAACCUCACCGCUGCGUGGAGGCUCCUGUUAUCCAGCGUCUACAACUGCACGGUGCCUCAUUACAAGAACCACAACCACAGCCCGCUGGUACGCCGGCCCUCUUUUCGUAUGAACACUGACCUUUGGUAUGACCCUGCUGACUUGUACAAAGCCUGGAAAAUGAUGAUUGAAGCAGCUCCAUCUCUCAUGUCCAAGGAGACUUUCCGGUACGAUCUUGUUGAUGUGACUCGACAGGUCCUACAAGUCCUCACGACAUCCUUCUACAAGGAUAUCUCAGACGCCUUCCACAGCCAGAAGCUACCAGAGCUGCUGACUGCAGGUGGAGUCCUGGUCUACGAUCUCUUGCCUGAGCUGAAUCGCCUACUGAGCAGUGACCCCAACUUUCUGCUGGGGACAUGGCUGGAACGGGCUCGAUCCUUAGCCAUCGAUGAUAAGGAGGCGGACCUCUACGACAUGAACGCCAGGAACCAGCUCACUCUCUGGGGUCCCAACGGUGAGAUAAUCGACUACGCAAACAAAGAGUGGGGAGGUCUCAUGGAGGACUACUACGCCCAGCGAUGGGGGCUCUUCGUCCACACGCUGGUGGAGUGUCUGGACAGCGGACAACCAUUCAAGCAGGACAUGUUCAACCACGCAGUUUUCCAAGUAGAGAAGGGAUUUAUUUAUAACAGACGGAAAUACCCGACUAAGCCUCAUGGAGACACGUACGAGAUAGCUUACAGGAUCUUCCUCAAGUAUUACCCGCAGGCCUUAAAGAGACUAUAGUGAACGGACUACGCUCUGUAAAAACUCCUCUCAAGUUGCAGCAAGAAGAAUGUCAUCCUCCACCUUCUCCUCCGGUUCUCCGCGGCUUUUCCAAAAGAAAAUUUUACUGCCUGAGUUACAGGAACAAUCUGUUUUGUACUUGUAGGGAAGUCAGUAUUCGAUAGUUCUGCGAGGAUUUUCAUUUUUUAUUUACAAUGACCAAAUAUCCACUAAUAUCUUAUGGUAUACAAGGAAAUGAAACCACGACUUAAAGCCCUUUUACUUCCACAUACACUUGUCUGGUGUUGACGUUUCCCUUUACUCUGUUAUGAGAUGAGAUGUGAUUGGUCCCAUAUUUUCAUUCACAGUUGCUAUAAUGCAUUUUAUUUUACUUUUAAAUGCAUGGGAUGGCAAAAGAGAGUCAUAAACAGUGCAUUACUGACUGAUUUUUCAGCCGUCCACCUUGGAAACAGAAGAGGGUCUCUGACUUGGUGAGGACACUAUGAGAUGUAGAUUUUGUCCGGCUCUUUUGACUCUUCUUUUACUCAAAACUCCAAAACCCCACUUCCAAAAAACUUAUUCCAAGUUAUCUAACUUUAUAUUUCUUUGAAAAUAGUGCAAAGACAACAUAUCAACUACCAGGGGAUUCUUCAGAUUUUCUUCAUCUUCUAAUGAAACUGACUUGGGGGUUAAGGCCCCUUUGAGGGGAUGCCAAACAUGUCAGGGGCCUUGUCUUCUCAGUAGCACAUCUCUGUCUUUCUGAAGGUUGCUGCAGUUGGCAUUUUACACUUAUUAAACUUUUUUUGUUGUUUCCGUCCCAAUUUUUAAAAAAUAUGUUACUGGCAUCAAAUCAGAGAUUUUAAUCAAACAAUAAAAUUUGUCUGUUUUAACAUUUGAUAAGUUGUCUUUGCACCAUUUUCACUAAAUUAUGUAAGAUGUCAACAUUUUAUACAGCAGUCCAGCUUUUUAGGAAUUGAAGUUGUACAUUUGGAUGCACCAAGAAUGACAAUCCAGGGAUUAAAAUGAGAAGAUUUACAUGAAUGGAGUAUAUUAGGUACUGAGCAGAAACCAGGAUAUGCCAAGUUGGGAGCAGGGUGAAUCAGUGAUCUUGGUCCAAAUUAAAAACCUGGCUUAAGCUCUGAUCCUGCUUCAUAUGCACGCAGAAACACUAAAGUGACAGUUUUUGGGGCGUUUUCGUGUAAAACCAUAUUUAUUCAUGUUCCCAGCAGGUCAAUAUAGAGUUAACAUAUGUUUUGCUGCCUUUCCUUAGAAGUCUGCGGUUUAGUAUUCUUCAUUUUGCUGGAUCAUUUCAGCACAAAGUGGGUCUGGAUUUCAGCAGAAGUGCAUAUAAACUGUCUGACUUCUUUCCUUUAGCAUCACUCCUGUUGACCAGAGGACAGCAUCAGCUACAGCUCUGAUUCCCAGACUGGGGGGCCCAGAGUUUCUACAGGCCAGCGUAAAUCAGUGAACACAGUUCUGCACUGCUAACAAAGCGUGGCUAACUUUAUUGAAAGGGCUUUCAGUUCGAUCUGAGGUUGAUAAUGAGCGUCACAACUACCAAAACAACAACAAGAAACCAUGAUGAGUCAUAUUUCACCAUCAACAUGAGCCCCCCCAAAUUUCUGUAUGAUACGCUUAACCGUAUAAUGUGACGUAGAGCCGAUCAGAUAGAGCCACAGACGGCGGAUUAUGGUUGGACAAAGUGGUACAAGAAAACAGACUCAAAGGGAAAGACUCAGAAGCAGCAGAGCCAAGGUAGCGCACUUUUUCAUUAGUGAAUCUUACUGGCCAUCUGUAAAAUAAAAGGAUGACACAGAUAAUCAGUCAAAUGCAGAGUAUAGGCCCCGGUAGUCAAGCAGAGCUAAUAAUUGUUUUGCUCUGUGUGUCUGCAACAGUCUUUUUCACUGCUGUCCCCUCCUCACUGGUCUCUCUCUCUCUCACUGGUCUCUCUCUCUCUCUCUCUCUCUUUCUCUUUAAAGCACGGGUUGGAUAAAAGUCACUCUAUCAUGUAAAAUCGGGAGGUUGUGUGCUGCAGUGUCGUUUUCAAGCUGCAAUUCAGCGUUUGAAAAACAAUUCUGAAGACAGGAAUUUAUUAGCAAAGGACUUAGACGACCUGGAUGUAUGUUCAUGUGCCAAUAUGUAUGCUGAGAAGUAGAUGUCUUAAAAUAUUUUCACCAAACAUGACAGAAAAAGGUUUUUCAUGCCACUAAACUGGUGAGUCUUUGAGAUGAAAAUGAGCUGACGGAGCCAGGCUAACAGCUUCCUUUUACCUCCAGCCUUUGAUAAACAGGGAAAACCACAUCCUGACAUGAGACAUGAUCAGUCUAAACACCUUGCAACCAAACACUCAACUCAUUGUAUCACAGUGAAUGGCAAAUGUUUUGAGGUUGUGCUUCUUUUCCCUAAGUGAAAUAGCUGACAGGACUGUAUUUGUAAUGGGCAGGACUUCAGACUCAAUUAAGUACGUUAUAGAAAACACACUUAGUACAGUCUAAAGGGUACUACAUCAUGUAUAUAUAAAUACAUAUAUAUGUAUAAAUCACAAUCACCAUGCAGUCUGGAUGUCUUUGAUCGGUUGUAGCAGUUUUCUCCUCAAGUUAAAAUUUCAUGCUGGAAUGGUCCGUGACAUUUCACCAUCACACAUCGACAUCUAGUCAAAGAUUUUUCAACCAUAAAUAGUUCAGUCUUGACCUCUUGUUCUGGAAGAAUAUUACGUUUUUUCCUGUCGUCCUAUGAUGGUUUUUCAAUCGAAAUAAUAUAUUUUUGUACGGUUUCAUUGAGGUUUUGAUCUGAGACAUUUUACAUGUAAAUCACUUAGUUUCUUACACAUGUUUGAAUAUGAGUUACAGUGGUUUUCUUUUGGUUUACCAUUGAACCAGAGUAAAGCAGGGCAUUGAGAAAAUAACAAUGAGGAAGCUUUCCUGUAUUUUUGACAAAAUUAUAGAAUCUAAUAUAUUCCCUUUGAAACAUGACAUAUUUCAACAAUAUUCUAAAACGGUAAGAUUUUUGAUCAUGUGGCUUCAGCUACAGUUAAUGAUGACUGCCAUCAUACUGUAUCACUUGGAUCAAGUCAAGAUGACAGAUGGUAUUUUAUUGCCCCGCAACAGUCUUUGGUCUUGAGAAGUUCUUGAGCUUAAUCCUGCAGUACCUCAAAGGUCCACUUGAGGCAAGCCCCAAAAGCUGGGGAUGUCGCAUGUACACCCACUUGAGAAAGCCUGUUUUUACAGUCAACAUGUUUAGAGCCUGUUUGGCAGUCUGAUGAACUAAUUUCUCUAUCCCCACACACUGCAGGUGAGAUAUUAAGGUUAUUGUUAAAAGGUCUGUUUAACAAUAAGGACUUUUGUCAUUUUCUAUCAUUCCUAUUCUCAACAUUUUGCAAAAAGUCUCUCUCUUGUUAUUUCUCUUUACACCUUGCCUCCAUCCAGAAAGUUUGUUCCCGUCAAUUUGAUACUACUCAACUGAAAUUUACUGACUUUUUUUUUUCUCUUCAUCUUUCUAUUGUUAGUCCGGCCCUAAUAAUCUCAGGUGGAUUCCUGAAGUUUUAUAAUCUAAACAAAACUAGUUUUAGGUAAAAAUGUUAUUAGGAUGAAUAUUAGGAUCAUUUUUGUGUUUUGGUAGUCACUACAUGAACACAGCUCACAAUCACAAAGUGCCAACCAACACUUGAUGUUGCACAGUUUUGUUUUUCCUGUUGUAUAAAUGUUUUUGUAUUUUGUUAAACUGAUUCUUGAUCUCAGGCAUGUCAUAAAAGUCUUGCAGCUUUGUGACUAAUACAGUGAUUUUAUUCCGCA